CAACCGCACAGUCGCACGCUACAGAUGGGAGAUGAUCCUGCAAGAGCACGAUCCGCGCUGCCAUUCGCCCCACGACCGCUGUGCCUCGGCGCUCACGGUCGACAGAGACCAGUUUUGCGCCAUUGACAAAGAAUACCAGAGGUACCUGCCCGAGGGUUCCUCCGGCGGCCCGUACCUCGUGAACAUGGGCACCGACGCAGACGAGAAAUGGACGGCGGCUGGCGUCGUGUCGUCUUCCUACGGCGAGGCGUCCUGCAGCCGACCGUACACCAUCUUCACCGCCGUAGGGAAUUACUGGCCGUGGAUCGAGCGAAGUGUCUAUCUCGGAAAUUGUUCUCAGCCUUUGGAGGGCGAUGGGGAAUGAGAGGUAAUUAUUCUCAUCUCCUGAAAAGGACUAAGAAUGUAAGGGGGUACUAUUGUUCGUUGCUCUUUUAAGGCCUGAUGUACAUGAUAUGUAAACGUGUUAUGCAACAUUUCGGAACAUUGCUAUGGACAUGCUUGCAGACGUCUUCGAAGAUGCUUUUGGACGGUGGCACCCGGAAGCAUGUUUCGAGACACGUGUGUACGACGCCCGGGAGAAGCACUUCUUAUUGUAUGGCUUAUUUAAAAGAAUAUGUGUAUCAUGUUUCAGACAUGUUAAUGGCAGUGUUGCGGGCAAAGGUUUACGCUGUGUAUACAAGGCCCGCGGUUCCGUCCACACGAUCGAAUAGCUAGUGCACUUUUGGCUUGUGUCAGCGGGCAAAUCAGCGCAGUGCAGGAGUGAAGCCACCGCGCCAGACAUUGACUAGUUGUGUAACGAAGUUCAUGUGGACCCUAAGAAGCUACUUGAUUUAUGCAAUUGCCAAAUGUUCCGCCACUAACCAAAGUUUACUUGUCCAGACUCGAGAUCCUCAUUAUUGCUCAGCUUAGAACUCCGGAAUAUAUCUUAUGCACAUCACAGCAGUCAUAUGUGUGUGUGUGUGUGUGUGUGUGUGUGUGUGUGUGGUGUGUGUGUGUGUGUGUGUGUGUGUGUGUGUGUGUGUGUGUGUGUGUGUGUGUGUGUGUGUGAUUUCAACAAAGAUUAUUAGAUUAAGAACAAGUCUGUAUACUGGUACUGAAAUUGCUGUAAAGUAUGAUUUGGCUCUGUCGUGCUUCUUCCCUGUUAGCUCUGGAGUGAGGCAAGGCUAUGUUCUCGCACCAACACUUCAACAUUUGCAUGGACUGGAUACUGGGCAGAACUACUGUCUAAAGUCAUUAAGGAGCAACACUAGGCAGACCUUGACUUGCAUUCAACAAUGAAGAAAAGCCCCUGGGUUUAGAGGUCUCUUGGACCAAGACCAAGAUCCAGGGCUUUGUGGGCCUGCUAGAAGAGCCUUUAUAGUCGGCGUAUGCUUGCAGCAAGGAUAUUAAAGUCACAGAGAGUUUUACCUACUUGGUAGUGUAGUUCAUGACUCUAGGCUGUCAGACCAAUCUCCUAACAGGUAGUCAGUAGACAGAUUGGCCUAGCAGCAGGGGUCAUGGAAUCUGUCAACAUGUGUAUUUGGAGAUGCCAGUACCUGUGCAAAAGGACCAAGGUAUGCAUCUUCAAGCCCUGAUACUGCCAGUGAAACCUGGUGCAGUACUCAUGAAAGGUCAUUCACUCAUAAGUUUGUCUUUAACAGAAAAAAAAAAAAAAUUGGACUCCCAAGAUUUUGUCAAUGACUACUCGCAAAAAUGUCUUUGACACCUGAUUUUUGUCAAUGACUUGGCCGAGGGUCUGGUCCUAAUACCUUUUGUAACAGGCCUUUGUGCUGGAUCAUGGGGUACAGUGGAAAGUUCAUGUGUCCAACCAAUGGUUACUGCCAAUGAUUCUACAUAUACAGGAGUAUAUAUG